CGAACUUGGCAUCGCUUCCGGCUUUCCCUCCGGUAUCUUAUAUUGUAUUCUAUCUUUCCCUUUCGAAUUUCACAGCCUGCCUGGAUCUUACGGAGACGUAGUUUUUGUGUUCCCCUUGAGUUACCAUUUGGUGUAACUUGUGUUAGAAGCGAAGAGAUAUCCUGGUUAUUGACGAUGGGUUCCUUAACUCCGGAUCCAAACUUGCCCCUCCACCGGCCCCUCCGCGAUGCUAUCCCGCCUUUAAUCCUCGGUACUGCGACCUUCAACACACAAUACGUUCCUAAUCCUUUCGAACUACCUGCUCUCUCUAUCGUAUCGCGCGCUCUCGAUCUAGGUGUUUGCGCCUUCGAUACCUCGCCGUAUUAUGGCCCCUCGGAAAUUAUUCUCGGCAAUGCCCUAGCUCACCCCUCCAUAACCCAGAAACAUGCACGCUCCUCCUAUUUCCUCGUCACUAAAGCCGGUCGCAUCUCUGGCGAUGUCUUCGACUACAGCCCGGCUUGGGUUCGAUAUUCAGUGCUUCGUAGCCUCGAGCGCCUGUACACUUCCUAUUUAGAUUUGGUUUAUAUGCACGACGUUGAGUUUGUAUCCCCGGCUGAGGUCCUAGCGGCUGUGACCGAGUUGCGCCGAUUACGCGACGAAGGUAUCAUUCGCUAUGUUGGCAUCAGCGGGUACCCGGUUGAGAAGCUAUGCUCGUUGGCUGAGAUGAUAUUACGUGAGACGGGUGAACCGCUUGACGGUGUGCUCAGUUAUGGCCACUACACAAUACAAAACACGCCGCUUGGAAGCAGUGCUAUAACGCGAUUUGAAGGCGCCGGUGUCGAUGUCGUCCUUAAUGCUAGCAUGCUAGGUAUGGGCUUGCUAACUACGAGGGGCAUCGACGCCGGUCCUAUGGCUUCAUGGCAUCCGAGUCCGGAGGGACUAAGGAAGGCGUGUUUGGACCUAGUACCUAUCGCUGUAGGCGCCGACGAGAAAUUAGAAGUUGUCGCCAUCCGAUGGGCCCUCGAUAACUGGUCUCGAGUUGGUGCGUCUAGAGGUGCUCGUUCUCCAAAGUUACCACCCGGUGAUAGAGUCGGCGUUAGCGUUAUGGGCGUUUCAAGUGUCGCCGAGCUAGAAGAAACGUGUCGUGUCUUCCAAAGCGUGAUCGAAGGUCUCGAACCAGAGACGUCGGAUGUCGAACAAACGAAGCGAAGACGAUGGAGCUUAGAUCGACGGCAAAAGAUCCAAGGAUUAGUUGAGAAAAUGUGGACCGUCCUAGGAGACUGGAAGGAUUACAGCUGGAGUAGUCCCGAUCCGGGAUUCGUCAACGCAAGGAAACCUACCGAGGUUGGUGUUACGCCUGAUGAUGGCAUAUUGAUUAAACAUGCCGCCAAAUCCCCUGUAAACAUUGAGGUUAGCGAGUUGCCGGAGUUGGCUGUUUAAGCUUGUUAUUUGAUCUUGCAUAAUUGUAAUCCAUGAAGAUAUCUCCGCGGGGAGUUGCGCGGGGCUAUUAGACCUUUGGAGUAAUAGGAGUUCGCAGCG